CUUAUCGAAAUGAUGAAAAACAAUAAACAAAAAUCCCCAUUUGUUCAAAUUAAACGGAUCGUUUGAUAAAUUAAAAAAAAGGAGUGAAAGAGUGUGUACAAAAUAGUUUCCGACUCGAAGUGAAAUGCAAAGGUGAAUAUAAUGCUUCAAACAAGUUUCCACUUAAUUUGCUAAAUGUGGCUUUGUGUUGCUAUAAUGUGUUAUAAAUGAAAUUUUAAAUGAUCCGUGAAAUUUGGUAAACACCAAAACCCAAACAGUGAUCCAUGAAUGAACUUUAAAAUCGGCGGAAUGAAUUUCAAAAUGGGCAAUGUUUGUUAACUUUUUUAUUUCCGAAUUUACAUCUCUUCGUUAUAAACAGUGCAUAGAUAGGUGAAGUGGAUAUUCAACAAGCUAAAAUGGAUACAUUUUGGAUACAGUGCUUUUUAUGUGGAUUAUUUUUGCUGACUCAUUCAACAUAUGGACAAUCAGAUGUUGAAGUACACUUAGUAGUUAGAAAAUACGUUGAAAAAGGAUCAAGUGUCACGUUGCAGUGUGAACAUAAUGUGCCAGAAAAGAUACUGUACAAAGUUACAUGGUUGAAAAGUGGAUUGGGAAAAUUUUUUCAAUACAUAAAUGGUAGAAAUCCGCCCUUUAGAAAUUUCAGCAUACCCGGAGCCGAAAUUGAUACAAAGAAUUCCGACGAGAGUCAGGCAACAUUGAAAAAUGUCGAUUUCGAAGCGGCUGGACUGUAUACGUGUGAAGUCUCGACAGACACUCCGAUAUUUACAAAAGAAUCGAAUGAAGAGCAACUUCAUGUUAUUCUACAGCAAAUAGGUCCACCCAAAAUAUCAUUUAGCAAACGACAAUUUGCGAUGGGCGAGAAAUUAUUGGCGAAUUGUACAACAUCAAAAGCACGUCCAGCACCGAAAAUUACAUGGCUGAUUAAUGGGCAGAAGGUUGAAGACAAACAUACGAGAACCCUUCAUUUAGGUUCAAACGGAAAAUCUGCUCAUCGAUCAAAGUCUCAUCAACAAAACAAUCCAUCAUAUGACAAAAUGGAGUCAAGUGGAAUGUUCGCCAAAACAUCAGAUUUUACUAAAGAAGAACCCGUAGACUCUAAUGGCAACCACUUGGGAUUCGAAAUACACCCGAAUUCCGGUUAUGAUAACAACGCUUUUGACACUGGUAACAUCAUGGAGACGUUUUCUGUUUAUUUCGAUGAUAAAUAUUUUGAUUCAAGAAAGCAUCGAAGUUUGCGUAACCAUAAAAAUCGACGACACGUUAACGAAUUAAACAAUCGCGAACGCGCUGCUCAUCGAACCAUCGCUUCAGGCAGUCAACUGAGCAUUGAAGUUUCCGACUUGACUAAAACACAUAACGGUCGACUAGAAAUAACAUGUCUAGCGACAAUUCCAGCCCAUGUAGGUGUGGGCGAACAAUUCGCCGAUUAUAAGACUUCUUCCGUUAAAGUCGAUAUAGAUUCAACCGAGACCACUUCCUUGAUGCCAGCUAUGAGUGGAAUGGCUGCUUUGGGAAAUUCCUCUAAUGGAUCAAAAUUAUUUCACUCAAAAACUACCAUCAUUCCGAUAUGUCUACCAAUUUCUGUAAUUCUAAUUAAGCUAAUUAAUAACUAUGGUGUACGAUUGAUUUAAAGAGAACGGAUAUUAAUUUAUAAAUAAUUGGGGUUUGGGAUUAAUAGUGUGUGGAAAAUGUGUAUUGUGUAUGGUGUAUUAUAAAUGAAGUAAAACAGAAAAUUGAAACAAAAAAAAAAUAUUUCUAUUAAUGUUUAAGUAAAAAACCAUGAAAAUAUUUAGUGAUUUAUUGAUAAUGUGAAUAAUAUAUAUUUUAUAUACGAUGACUUACUGUACAUACGUACUCUAAGCGACUUACUGUACAUAUUAUGUCAAUUCGAAAUGGAGUUUUAUCACGCUUUUAAAGGCACGAUAUGAGAGUGUUGUGGGAGUAAAAUUCGAACGAAAAAUAAGAUUUUUUUUCAUUCUUUUUGUAAGAAACAUUUAUCAUCAGAGAAUUCUUAAGUGAUAUAAGGUUAAAGUGUUGAAACCUGAGGUGGUUGCAAUGAAAGAAAUAGAGAUAAAUGAAUGUGUUUAGGCAACAGUCCCCAAUGAAAAGACGAAGCAGAAAAAAAAACUGUUGAUGAAGAAUCCUUAUUAUUUUUUCCAUACACAUAAAGGAAAAUGAAUAUUGAGCGCACUGGUGGUGAGGUUGAAUUUCGUUCUAUAUAUAAACAAUUGUCGGAUGGGGUAUUCUCCCAUCUUCACGUUGUUGAAUUACGAGAAUCGUAAUCUGUCUGGACGGUUUAGAUAAAUUGAAGCCAUUGAAUUUAUUGUGGAAAAUGGUUUUGGUUCUUCAUACCUUAUCAUAAAAGCUUUUCAGAUGACACGAAGGAGCUUAAUCAGAGAUCAGGUGUGAAAAAAUAAUAUUGAAAAUUAGUGUAAAAGCAGUGACGGGAGACUGUCGACGACAGUGAAAUUUCGAUAUGAAUUUGCUUCAGCUACUUUUCACCAUACAAAAAAAAACUGCUCAUCCGUCUUUAUGCGGUUUGUCCACUAUGGUGUGUGAUUAUUUCACCCCUAUGAAGACGUAUGAGUAGUUUUGUCUACAUUUCACUGACGUCCACGGUAAAAUAAUUUCAUAGUUCGAAGUUCUGACUAUCAUUGGCUCAUAACUACAAAAUUAUUUCAUUAUCUCUGACAGUGAUUAAUCCAAGAAAAUUAUCUCUAUUCAAA